UGGUUUUAGUUCUAAAAGCUAAUUUGACGUGAACGGUUUUAUUUGUGCAGUGAAUUCGUUUGGCUUUUUUGUUCGUUUGACGCUUUGAGAUAUUUUGCAUGCGGGUAUUGGGUGGGUGUGUGUCUGCCGCACUACAGUGUGUAUUGUGUGAGUGUGUGGCUGUGUUCAUGAUGAAUAAGAAAUCACACAGGCCAAUUAUUGCAUUCGAUGCUUGCACAUAUUCAUGCCUUACUCAACACAUUACAAAAUUCAUGAAGCAUUGAAAAACAUUGACAGAAAACUAUGACAAACAAACAUAAAAACCGCAAUGCAUCAUAAAAAUGAAAAUUGUAAUUUGCUGGCGAAAAUUAUUAUUUAACAAAUAAAUGAAAAUGUCAAUGUGAUAGCUGGCCGCAUACGAAUGCAGCAAUAACUGAUAAAAGGCAAGAGCAAAAAAACCAAACAACAACGAAUGCCAAAGUGCUCAAUGCUUAUUGAGCUCACAACAAAAAUAAAAUCACACAUAUAUUUAAAUAAAUUUGCUGAGAAACCACCCCAAAACUACAAAAAAAAACAACAACAAAUGGUCGAGUUCAAUUCAACCCGGUAGGCCAAUAUGACACCAGAUAUAACUAACAAAACGAAAGCUACCACCGCUACUGUGGCAGCGGUAGCAGGCACAACAUCGUUAGCAGCUGGAAGAACAAUAAAAUCAUCAGGCCCCACUGCCACAUCUAGCAUAUCACCAUUGUCCCCAUCAACGCGGUCAACGUCAUCCAUAAAGCGACAUCUGUUGACAAUCGAAAAGUUACGAAAUCGUGUGCGUCAAAUAUUAAAAUGUGUAAUAAAUUUGCACAUUGAUAUUCUGGUAAUCGAGUCCAAUGUUAAUCAACUCAUAGACGAUGUCAAAGAGCUAAAUGCUGAUCUAAUGGAAUGCCAGCGUCUAGAUAAUCUGAUACAAACGCUUCGAGACUACAAUGGACCUACCAUUUGCCACGAAUGGCCCUUCCCUUUGGUCAAUCAAGGGACCAUUGAUGAAGCUGACCUAGCACAAUCAUUGAAUUCUAAAGAACUGCUCCCACCCACAGCAAAGUGAAAACGAUUCCAUAUAUUCGCCCAACGAUAAAAGACACAGUAGUAUUUCAUGAUAAACAAAAAAAAAAAAAGAUUAUAUAUGUCUAGUGUAGAUUUUUCUUAUUCCUUUGUAUAGACUGGUAUUUUUAUCUUACUUUUUUAAUUUUAAUUGUUUGUAUAAAAAACAAAAACUCAAAUAAAGUACGAGCAUAGUAUCUUAGCAUGUGUAAAUAAGCAAA